AUGCCACCACCUGGACGUUCUAGGUUUAAAGAAUCAACCAAGGAAAAAUUGAGUCAAGGCAGAACGAGCGCGUCUGUCUCGAAACCCACUAAUACCACAAUAACUACUAGCACUCGCGCUCACACUCCCAUGGCCAACAGCAAUAGCAGAAAAAAUGGUGCUAUGGCUAUAAAGGAACAUCCUUUACUUCGGGGCUCUUCCUCAAAGUCCACGGUAGCAACGAGUAAUAGUAAGACGACAGCUACCUCAAAUAAAAAGGUUUCUAGUACUCAUCGUCCGACAACUCCUUCAGGCAAGAAUUUUGUUGAAAUAAACAAACAAACUGCUGGCACUAAAUCACCACCACCAACGCCUCGAGUUGUCCCACGUACACCUUCACCUGACACAUGUCCGUCGCCAACUAAGAAGAAACCAGCUACCACUCAUGCUGAUUUCUCAAAACCUAAUGCUAAGAACAAGAAACUCAAAAUAUUCUUGGCUGAUCGUGCUCAAGAACUACAUGAAGCUGAGGUUGAGAUUCAAGAAUGUGAAGAAGUUAUCUUGGCUUUACAGGAACGUGUUCGUCAAGUUGAAGCUCGUAACCGUGAAUUGCAAUCUGAAAACGACAUACUAUCCGCUAAAGUCUUUGAACAUGAGUCGCAAAAAUCGCCUACCAGUAUUCUGUCGGCAAUCAUGAAUAAUACUCAGCGCAUUCGUGGCGAAGAGAACACUGUUAAAGUUGCUCCCGCUCCAAUUGUUCCCGCCCCAAACGUCACGACUCCUAUCUUGUCUACCGCUAAUGUAAUAAUGCCCAAACAAACUCCUCAACCAUCGGUAUUAUCCACUCUGGUUACUCCAAUUGCUAAUGCUAAAGUUAAUAAUCCCUUGACUCCCACUCCUGUUUCUGAUAAUGGCUCCAUCCAACGAUUUUCUUCACCAAUCGAAUCCAAACCUCUUGCUCAACCUCUGUAUAAUAACUCAUCUUCGGCUGCUCCUCUCAUUACUCAAUCGCGCAUUCAACCGACUAAAAUGGAAUCUCCACUAAAACCUGAAACCGCGAUUAUGGAAGAAACCGAUGAUAGUGAUGACGAGUUUUCAUUCAACGAUGAUAAAAACGAGUAUGACCAAAACGUUUUCUCUGGCAAUGGAAUUCACUCAUCUGUCUCAUCUUUUGACGAGGAUAAUUCUGAUGAAGAGACUCAUGACAACGAUGAACUACCCAAUACUCCGUUUAAUGUGCAAAAAGUAAAACCAGUCAUCAAAAUCACUCACGACAAGGCCAACUUUUCUGAUUCUCCCUCUCUUGAAAUUAACCCAAAACAACUUGCUGAUUCGGACAACUCUUCUGAACAAUCCCUUAAUGUCGAUUCUCAUAAAAUCUCAAAUAUUGGUGGUAAAUCUUCUUUCGGUAAUAACCCUUUAAACUCUAACUCUAAUCCAAAACCGGUCACUUCUAAUCAUCUUGCGGACUUUCAACAAUUGGUUAACGGCAAUGAACAACCCAUUCAAUCCUCCUCAUUGGUCACUAAACUCGCCUUAGAAAAAUCGUCUCAAGAUUAUUUUUCUUAUUCUCAUGAAUCUACUGUUAAUCCAGUUCAUCGUGAAUCUUUCUCUUCUGUUAAAUCAGAUGAAUCUGAUAUGUGGUCAACUCCUUCGGCAUCUUCCUCUCAUCAUGAAUACUAUUCCUCAUCGGCAACAUCUCGCUCUACUACUCGUACCACUCAAUCUACAAACUCUAUCUCUGCUUUUGGUUCACCCUCUCAACGAUCUCUCCAUUAUAACACUAAUGAAGAUGAAAACAACUCUUCUCACCCAUCUUUGGCUGCCUCUUAUACGGACAAUCCUCUUCCAUUCAACCCAACUAAUGAAUUCUUUUACUACUCUCAAAACCGUGUGGCUCAAAAUGAUUCGGCUAAUCCACAACAACAAAAUAAUUCGGAACAAUUGGUCUUAAACUCGGAAAACUCAAAUCUCUCUUCUACUGCUGGUCUUAACUCUAACGGAUGCUCCAUUUCUGAAAGAUCCCAAUCUCAACAAUCAUUCUCUUCUACUUCUGAUAUCCAAUCUUCGGUUGCCUCUUCUGAAAAUUCAACUACUCCAACCCCAGUUAAUGAUCGCCCAUCAACUCCCAAAAAAUUGCUUAAUCAAUCAUCUGCUAAAAAAUCAUCUCAAUCAUCCAAUCGCAGUAUGGCCUGUUCUAAUGACUCUUCUCGUCCCUCAACAUCGCAAGCUCAUUAUCGCCUUUUGUCUCCAACAUCGGUAUCUCCAGCUCGUCCUCGUAAUCCAACUCCAUUGACUUCAUCAUCUUCAACUGAAUCUUUGAAUAAUUUUGCUAACUCCACUGAUAACACAUCAUCGGCUACUCCACUAUCUUCUUUAUCCAAAUCGUCAUCUUCUCAAAAUUCUACACCGGCUUUUAACUCUAAUCGAUCUGCUCCAUUAGUCCAAGACGAAACUCAAUCCACUGAUAAUACAUUUAGUCCUCCAACUCCUCCAGAUACUAAUGAUUCAAUGGCUGUAUUCAAACAUUACCUACGUCUCUUGUCGGAAACCUGCUCUCGGAAUAGUCCAUUAAACCACUACGAACUCCAAAAAUAUAUUGAUGAAGGAUCUUCGGCUAAAGUCUAUGCUGCAACUUCUCGGGACACUCGAGAGGAAUUGGCCAUCAAAGUUAUCCCAUUGACUUAUUCUCUUGAAUUCAUCUUUAACGAAAUUUAUGUCCUAAAAAAUCUCAAACACAAAAACGUCGUCGGUUAUAAGGAAAGCUUCUUGCGUUGGGACGGAAAAACGCGUGAAAUUUGGACCGUAAUGGAAAAAUGUUCCCGUGGUGAUGUAACAAGCCGCGCUGGAAAUAUCUCUCAAAAGGAAGUAGCUCGUAUUGCACGUGAUAUCUUGAAUGGAUUGAAACAUGUACACGAAACAGGUAUUAUUCAUCGUGACAUUAAACUCGAAAACAUUUUGAUGGCAGCAAACAAUGAUGUUAAAAUCGCUGAUUUUGGUGUAUGCUCAUUAACACCAACUUCUACUACUGGAAUGGUCGGAACAAUUCCUUAUAUGGCUCCCGAUGUGGUAAACGUCAACGAAAAUAAUCCCUACUCAACCAAGGCAGAUAUCUGGUCGUUAGGAAUCUGUAUUCUCGAAUUGCUAACCGGAAAGGCAGCAUGGGGACGCCUCAACGAUACCGAAAUUUUCAGUAUGCUCAAACGUGGUGAAAAACCACCAACUUUCGGUCGUUUGCGCAAAAAGGCCGAUAUUGGAUGGGAAGCUGUAGACUUCUUGGAAAGAUGCUUCGUAAAAAACAGCGAGCUCAGAUGCUCUGCAGAAGAAUUACUACAGCAUCCAUUCAUUACCAGCCUUCUUGCCUAG